UACACACUCAACCUCCACUCACAAUUCUCCACUUCAAAUAUUUGCAAAUAAUAAAAAUAUUAAAUAAUAAAUAAAAAAAGUAAAAUAUUUAAUUGCUUCAGAGAAAAUGGGUUCAACAGGUAAAAUUGUGGAAGUUUCUACAAGGGUGGAUUCAGCGGCAGAAGAAGAAGAAACAUGAUUAUUUGCGUUGAAUCUGGCCAGCGCCUCCCUACUGCCCAUGGUUCUCAAGUCCGCCAUUGAACUCGACUUGCUCGAGCUGAUCAAGAAAGCCGGCCCCGGCGCCUUUGUUUCUCCGGCGGAACUCGCCGCCCAGCUCCCCACCACCAACCCGGAUGCCCACGUCAUGCUUGACAGAAUCCUCCGCCUCCUCGCCAGCUACUCCAUACUCAACUGCAGCCUCAAAACCCUCACCGGCGGCGGCGGCGGCGUUGAGCGGCUCUACGCCCUGGCGCCGGUUUGCAAGUACUUGACAAAGAACGACGAUGGUGUUUCUAUGGCCCCUCUGCUGCUAAUGAAUCAUGACAAAAUCCUCAUGGAGAGCUGGUACCACUUGAAAGAUACAGUUCUAGAGGGAGGAAUACCAUUCAACAAGGCGUACGGAAUGAGUGCAUUUGAGUACCAUGGCAAAGACACUAGGUUUAACAAAGUAUUUAACCAAGGAAUGUCUAAUCACUCCACCAUUAUCAUGAAGAAGAUUCUGGGCACGUACGACGGUUUCCAAGGCCUCGACACGGUUGUCGACGUCGGCGGUGGAACCGGCGCUACACUAAAUAUGAUCAUCUCAAAAUAUCCUUCUAUUCGCGGCAUCAAUUUCGAUCUCCCCCACGUUAUUGAAGACGCUCCCUCUUAUCCAGGUGUGGAGCAUGCUGGUGGGGAUAUGUUUGUGAGUGUGCCUAAAGGGGAUGCAAUUUUCAUGAAGUGGAUUUGUCAUGACUGGAGUGAUGAGCACUGUGUGAAAUUAUUGAAGAAUUGCUAUAAAUCACUUCCGGAAAAUGGAAAAGUGAUUUUGGCGGAGUGCAUUUUGGCGGAGGUCCCAGAUAGUGGGCUGGCCACUCAGAUCACUGUACAUGUUGACGUCAUUAUGCUGGCCCACAAUCCAGGUGGCAAGGAAAGGACAGAAAAGGAAUUUCAAGCUUUGGCUAAUGGGGCUGGGUUUACCAAAUUCCACAAAGUUUGCUGCGCCCAUGGCUCAUGGAUUAUGGAACUGCUUAAAUAAUUCAUCUAAUUAAGCCCAAUUCUAUUUUGGGCCGGGACUCCGCCUUUCAGUUUUUAUUUUUAUUUUUGUUUUUGUGUGUUUUUAUUAUAAUAUGUUUUUUUCCCACAAAAUCAAAUUUAAAAAAAAAAAGAAGAAAAUGAGACAGCAAAUAAAUAAAUUGGAGCAUUUUCUUCUUGUUGUUUUCCCACUUGUUAGUCAUGAAUAAAGUUUAUGCCUUUUUUUU